GACGGGACGCUGUUGUCACAUUUUCUCGCUUGUGGGAGAGGUGGGAGGGGUGGGGGAUUCGGAGGUCUUAACGUGGAGCAACAAGUGCCACUCGAGACCGGAUAGUGUCAGAAGACAACUUAGAUGUUGAAGGCAACGUGUAGCCUGUGACUGGAAGCAAACGUAGGUAAGAUCGUUUUGUUUCUUGGAGUUCAAUGGUUCGUUCUCCUCGGAAGACAGACAUGUCCGUCUUUCGGGCUUCAGCCGGACAAAUCGCAAAGUGAUCUGAGCGUCAGCACAUCGGUUCGUCCAGUUCCCGCCACCAGAAUCCCCCCCUCCCGCCCCCCCCCCAAAAAAAAAGCUCGGAUGCAUUUGUCAAUGGAUACCCUGGCAAUGGUGGAAGAGGGUUGCCUAGACAACUAUGACAUGGCAAAAGGCGCCGCCGGGUCCAGCUCCGGGGGCAGGGUGCACAGCAUCGAUGUCAUCCUGGGUUUCGCCAAGGAGCAGGACCCUCUGCUUCACCACCACGCAGUCCACGGCCACGAUGACGAAAACCACGACCAUAAGCAGAAAGCCAUGCGGGAAAACUUGCAGCACGCCGACAAACACGAUCCGUACGGGCAUCUUUCGGAAUUGGGCGACAAUUCCCAACAUCCGUCCUAUCACGCGUCGGACAUGUUCUCCAGCGAUAAGUGUGAUGCAGAGAUGAGCAGCAUGCAAAAGGACCUGGCUGAGGACUCCCCCAAGGCCAUCGCGGAGGAAGAGCAUGGCAAGAAGAAGCACCGCAGGAACCGCACCACCUUCACCACCUAUCAGCUACACGAGCUGGAACGUGCCUUCGAGAAGUCCCAUUACCCGGAUGUCUACAGCCGUGAGGAGCUGGCCAUGAAGGUCAAUCUGCCUGAGGUUCGGGUGCAGGUGUGGUUCCAGAACCGGCGGGCCAAGUGGCGACGUCAGGAGAAGAUGGACUCCACCACCAUGAAGCUUCACGACUCCCCCAUGCUUUCCUUCAACCGACCACCGAUGGCACCCAGCGUGGGGCCGGUGACCAACCCAAUGCCUCUGGAUCCCUGGCUCACCUCGCCCAUCUCCAGCACUACGUCCAUGCACGCCAUCCCGGGCUUCAUGGGCUCGCCGCAGGGCCUGCAGCCGGCCUACCCGGGCCACGGCUUCCUCGGCGGACCAUCCAGCCUGGUGCAGGGCAUGCAGCCCAUGGGAGGGCCGCCGCCCUACCAGUGCCCACCUAGCUUCUGUGACAAAUACCCCAUGGAGGAUGACAGGAGCUCCAGUAUCGCAGCACUCAGGAUGAAGGCGAAAGAGCACAUUCAGUCGAUGGAUAAAACUUGGCAACACAUGUGAUUCCCCUUUUUUUUGUUUUUUUUGGGCUGCUCCAGUGAAUGUUUACAAACUGUGGAGACUACACACAAGGACUUUGAAUGUAUUCUUACCCAGGAACCAGGAAUUUUUCGGCGACCAUUGUGUGUUUAAUCUGUGAGAGCUAUUGUCUAAAUUUAUUGUCGGGAUAAUACAUCAGGGCCAAAAGAAGGCUCUAGCAUUUUUAAGAGGUCCAGGAACCUUUGGGGUUGGGUCUACGGCUUCGAACAUAUCUGAUUGGAGCCUGUUUGUUUCAUCAACUACAAGUACCAGGUGGAAAUGUGACUAAUGUAAAUAACUUUUUUUAAGCAUUUGAUUUAACAUUUGAGAUGGCCAUGACGCAUUUUUGUCAUCUGCAUUGAAUACACAGAUUAGAUAGACAUUUAAAUAAACUAUAUAUUAAAAGAGCAAGACAAACGUUGUUCUCAUUAGUUGUACAUCAUGACUUUUUAAUCACUCAAACUGAAUACAUCCAGUGAAUGUGACUAAUGUGUAUUUAGGUUUAACAAUGUUCUGUUUGAAUAAAAAUGAA